GAAGAAGCGGCUUCCUUGACUUGUGCGCUACUUCGUCGUGAUUAAGUGUACUAGUUUCUGCUUUAGAUUUUUCUGAAGCAUUCAACAAUAUAUUUGAAGAUAUGGUUUGUAUUCCGUGCAUCGUAAUACCAGUCAUAUUAUGGAUACUACAUCGGCUUUUAUAUCCUGUCAUGUACUACUUUUUUCCAAAAUUAAAGCCCAUUCCAGAGCCGACAGUUGAUGAAUUGGAACAAUUGGAUGAUAUUACAAAAGACGAUGUAACCGAUACUUGUCAGGUUAGUGCAUUAUUUCAGUUGCAAAUCCGUUUUUUUCUUCUUAUUUUAGCCAUCAUCACCUUCAAAGUCUAAAUCCGAGUGAUUUCUUUCUUGUUGCAUUCUGUAAAUUGACUUUUGAUCUUACUUGAAUAAUUUAAAGUUCUUGUUUAUAUAUAAAAAAAGCUGGUUGUUUUAUGUUUAUACAAUAGACUGUUUUAG